CAAAUCACCAUGCCGACGCCGUUCGAAGCGAAGAUGGCGCGGAUGCUGCUGGCGCUGGAUGCAGUAGACAUCUCCAAGGGAGAGCAUGACCAUGACAUGGGAGGAGCGACGUUUAUGGGAGGCCACCGGUACUUUCUCCAGUCCCAGUCUCCAGAGGACGUGACCGACGAGGACAUUCAAGAUGACGAACACCUGGACGAUGGCCUUUGUCCUGCAGGAACACCGACUGUCAACGCUAAUUCAGUGCCUGAAGAAGAAGGAGAAGAAGGAGAGGUCGAGUUGUAUGGAGACUCCAUGGACGAUGACGAUGAUGCAUAUGUGAGCAAGAACCUUCGCGGCGACAUCGACCCGGAUGCCAACGCGGCGCUCGCAUGUCCAUGCUGUUUCAUGACCGUGUCUUACGCAAGCCAACGGCAUGAAAAGUACGACACCCAGUACCGCGCAUCCAAGGCCGUCAACUGCCGCAUCAACGCGGACCGCACGUUCGUGUACGACAGCCACAAGAAACUAUCGGAUGCUCCGUCGUCGUCACAUGGAGGCGAAGUGUAUGUGGCUGUCGAGUGCUCCGACUGCAGCACCGUCGUGGGGGUGAAGCUCCAAGCGUCGCCGUCCAGCCAACUGUCCACCAUCCACUUUUUCCAUGUCAUCCCCAGCCAUAUUUAACGCCCCAAAUCAAACCAAACCUAACGACACUGUCGAGCAUCCACGUUAUAUAUACAAGUACAGUACUACUACGUAGUAACCAGUGUUCGC